AUGCCUCAAGCGCAACCCGAGCUCAAGAAGUACAUGGAAAAGCGCCUGUUCGUCCAGUUGAACGGCAACCGCAAAGUCAUCGGCGUCCUGCGCGGCUACGAUGUCUUUUUGAACAUUGUCCUCGACGAAGCUGUCGAAGAAAAAUCCGGCGGCGAACGCGAGAGGUUAGGUAUGGUGGUCAUCCGUGGCAACUCCGUUGUCAUGCUCGAAGCGUUAGAACGCAUGGGCGACGAUCGACGAUGA